AUGGAAGAGCGCGUGACCCUGGCGCCGGCGGAGGAGGGCGCAGGCGACGUGCACGGCCUGAUGGAGGCGCAGGCGGUGCUAGGGCAGCCCGAGCAGGUCCAGGCCAUGGAGCGAACAGUCGUCACCUGGCUCAAGCAAAUCGAGGCCGUGGUGACGGAGAUGGAGCAGCUGCGACAGGAGACGGACGACGCUGGGCCGCAGGAUGAGCUGGAGUACUGGAAGAGGCGCAUGGCCAAGUUCAAGUUCCUGUCCGAGCAAAUGGAAACACCCAGAGUUCGCGGCGCGGUGCUGGUGCUGCAGCUGGCCCGAUCCAAGAUACUGAAGGCGUGGAAGGAGGCGGACGCUCGCGUGACCCAGAAUCUAACCGAGUCAAAAGACAAUGUGAAGUACGUGUACGCCAUCGAGGAAUACUGCCACCCGCUCUACCUCAAUGACCCGCCGGGGAUGAUUCCGUACGUGAUGAUGCUGUUCAACACAGUGCGGAUGAUCCACUCCAUCUCCAGGUACUACAACACGUCGGAGAAGCUGUCGGCGCUUCUGAUCAAGAUUACAAACCAGAUGAUCCGAUCGUGUCAGGUUUACAUUUCCUGUCAAGGUCAGCUGUCCAUCUGGUCGCAGCCAAGAUCGGUCGUCAGGGAGAAGAUCCAGCAGUGCAUCAAGCUGAGCUCCACUUACAGGACAGCUUACCAGAAAACAAAGGAUGUCACAGGCGCCUUAAGAAGGAAACUUUUAGAACAUAUACAGCACAUUGUAAAAGUAAAUUUCGAUGACUAUGAAAACUCAAGGGAGAUCUAUACGAGAGAAGAGAAGCUGGAGGCCAUGCCCGGGGAGCGCCCAUUCAGCUUCAGUGAGCAGUAUGUGUUCGGGAAGUUCGAGGCCUUCUGCUGCCGCCUCGCCAACAUCACGAGGCUGUUCGACGACAUGGACAAGUUCUCUGGGUUCUUUGAAGGACGAGCUGAGUGUGAGCUUUCCUUGCUGUUUAUUUGGUCUGCCGGAGUUAGUCAGUAUGAUAUGUGCUGCUAUACUAAGUUCCAGUGCCCGAGUCAUCUUCUGAGCCGUGACCAGUCUGGCUCCAUUGUCUCUUGUUCUAAUAGUACCUUUGACUCGACAGCUGGACGCGCAGGUGAUGUUAAGUACAAUUUGAUGUGCAUUCUGACGCGUGUUCUCGCAUUUGUGGCGGCUCUAAAUACCGGCUUCGAAACAGACACUGAUCCAUCUCUUUUUUAUCUUUGGUAUGAUGGCGCAUGCCAGCGGAUGGUCUCUCCCCACAGCAUUGCUCCCCAUGGAAACCGACAGCUUUAUUACUCUUUGAAAAUGGGCAUUCCAACAUCCAUGUCUAUCCCAACCAGAAUCAUAUACAAUGGACUAAAACUACGGCCUCAGUUCGCACAAACUCAAGCCAUGACAGGCAAUGUAAGAUCACAAAUGUGUUAUGUGAAAAGAUAUGUCAUAGGCCAAAUGCGGAGUAAUAAGAACAAGCCAGGUUGUAACGAGUUCCCAUUAGUUCUCACACCAGCUUCCAGGCCGCCACUAGGCUGCCCACGGCUUAGUCCUAAACGUAGAAGUAACUGCAUCGCAUGUUGUGUCUUAGCUAAUCUUUUAGACGCUUGCCUGCGGGACAUCCUCAAGUCAUGGCAGGAGAUGUGCGCUGAAAUAUCCUGCAAAUCUUACGACUACCUGGACUACCGCGACCGCCACUUCGACGACGACCUGGAGGUGUUCGCGGCCAGCGUGCGGGAACUGCUGAGGCGCAUCCACAUGAUGGUCGAGAAGGAGCACGAGGAGAUCUGGGAGACGCCCAUGGCCAACAAGAUGCUGGCCAGGUUCGAGCGGAUCGGCGAAGUGGUCCCCCAGCUGGACGUGACGGGGAAGUACAAGAGGAUUCUCGCUCGCUUCCAUCAGGAGCUCGAGAAGGUCACCAAGAUCUACAACCGCCAGUGCGAGAAUCCUCCGCAGCUACGUGGUUUGCCGCCUGUUGCAGGCAAAAUCCAGUGGGCUCGAAGCCUAUUUCUUCAUCUAGAGGAACCGAUGAUGUUUUUCAAGGACCACGCAGUGCUCCUCAAAAUGCCGGAAGGCAAAGAAGCUGUUCGAAAGUACAAUCGAAUCGGGAAGACCUUGGUACAGUACGAACUUGCCUACUACGAUGCCUGGAGAAAGCAAAGUAUCAGCGACAUCCAGAAGUCUCUUCGGUGCACGCUGGUGGUCCGACGGCCGGAGAGCGAGGAGCUGUUCGUCAACUGGGACCCACGCAUCUCCACGCUCCUGCACGAGGCCACGAAGAUCCAGCAGCUGGGCUUCGAAGUGCCGUACAUGACGCAGCUGCUCCUCAACCGAGCGCCGCUGCUUCUUAAGAAACGGGACAUGGUUAAGCACCUGCUGAACGAACAUGAACGAGUGCUGUCCAAAGUCAGCAAAAAUCUGGUCAACCUGCUGGUGCCGCACGUGACCACGCUGAAGGAGGCGCUGGACCCUCUCCUGACGACGCUCACCUGGUCGUCCAUCCAGGCGCACAGCUACUUCGAGCAGGGGUUCGCCGCUAUUCGCACCUUCGAGACUCUCAUCGACAGAGUAAAUGAUAUCUUCCAACACCGAAUGGAGGGCGUGCUUGGCGCCAUGACGGGGGUGCGCCUGUACGCGCUGCCCGACGUGAACCCUUGGACCCUCGAUACCUUUGUGCACAACAACUGGCUCACCUGCUGCCAAGCCGCUCAGGAGCUUAACAGCAGGAGCCGCGUGGUGGAGGACGCCGUCCUGGAGUUGAUCGAACUCGUGCUAGUGGGCGUGGACGGCGGGGCGCCGGUCGAGCCGGGCCAGUGCCAGACGAGCUUCCUCACAGUGGACGACCUCGAUGACGGCGGAGACUUCGAUGACGGGAGAUCAGGUGCUAAUUUCCAGCUGUGUAAUACGAAUCACGUUAAGUAUAAGAAAUACAACCGUGAAAUCCUGUCAUCAGGCGGAGGGUCGUCACGACGCAGUCCGGUGCCAGUUGCAGAGGGGCACUUCACGGCCACACUCGAACUUCCGGCAAAACCACUCACGACUCAGGAAAAAGCAGUCCGCAAGAAAAAAGAAAUGAGGGAAAAGGUGGAGUCCGCAGCGCGAGACCUUCGGCGCAACUACCACCGCCGAGUCCUGGACGUCCUCAUCAAGUCCGUUCGCGGCGCCCUGGAGUCCAUCCGCAAGCACACCUCCGUCGUCCCUCCGCUCUCCAAGCUGAACGAAGCUAGCAUUAGAAGGUCCAAUGACAGACCGGAGGACCUGGGCAUUGCGUUGGUAGAGCUCAGCGUAUCCUUGGUGUCCCCCGGCGUGCAAGUGAGCCCCAGCCUCGACCAAGUGCAGGAGGCCAUCAACAAAGUGGCUAAAAUCAUCCUCUCCACCGCCAAGGGUGUCUCGCAGUGGAUUCGUUGCCGCAAGGAAGACGUCAUCAUAGCAACUGAUAGUCGCCUUAUAUUCUUGCAGGCCGCUCAGCCCAAGUUGGAGACAGAAGAUUCCAUUGGUGGUCGAAAGUCACGAAAGAAAGUCAUUGUGUACGAGGUACCAGCAAUGCCCAAAAACUAUUACACACAUGUCCUGGAAAGUAAAGACGUGUCGAAAGUCAUGAGCCACAUGUCCAACUCUUUCCAGUCAACUAGAAAUGAGGUUCAUAACACUUUCAAUAUUUGGGAACAAUAUCAUCAUCUAUGGAGAGUCGACAAAGACGCUGCAAUUAAAGAGUUCAUUUCGCUCGCACCAUCUGUCCAAGACUACGAUAAGACAAUGAAGAGUUAUAUCGUAUUAGAAAAGCAAAUCAAUGCAGAAGAAUGCCAUUAUCGGGUUGGGGCUCUUGCCCUCAAUACAGAGAACCUGAAGAAGGCUCUAGCAGAGGAAGCGUCCCUAUGGGUGGAUAAGUUCGGUGAGGCGCUGAAGGUCAAUUACAUGAAGGAAAUGGAAAGACUUUUCGCUCAGCUGAACGAACUUUCCCGGCGACUGGAGCGGCCGCUUAAAGACCUGGACGACAUUAAGGGUGCGAUUGACAUCCUGCGCAAGACACGUGACCUCGAACUUGACAUGGACGAUGCUAUAGAACCUAUAGAGGAAUCUUUUGGGUUACUUGUCAAAUACGAACUGGGACUUUCUCAAGAAGAAGCUGAGAAAGUGGACAACCUGCGUUUCACUUGGCAGAAGGUCCUUGCUCAGGCUGUAGAGGUGCAGAAUCUGCUUUCUCGCGUACAGCCAUACUUCAGAAAUGAGCUCAUCCACAACGUGGCGCAGUUCAAGAAAGACUGCAACAAGUUCGUGCAUGACUAUCGGACGCAGGGUCCCAUGGUGCCUGGCCUGGCGCCAGAGGACGCGUCAGACAGGCUCAUAGUAGCACAGAAUCGCUUCGAUACUCUGUGGCGAAAGCACUCGAGCUACUCGGUGGGCGAGGAGCUGUUCCGCCUCCCGCGAUCCGAGUUCCCCGAGCUGGGCCAGAUUCGCAAGGAGCUUAACCUGCUCCAGAAGCUUUACAAAUUGUAUAAUGAUGUUAUUGACCGCGUCUCGUCCUACUAUGAAAUUCCGUGGAGUGAAGUCAACAUCGAGGAGAUUAACAACGAGUUGAUGGAAUUCCAAAACAGAUGUCGCAAACUGCCUAAAGGCCUAAAGGAAUGGCCGGCCUUCAACGCCCUCAAGAAGACGAUCGACGACUUCAACGACAUGUGUCCGCUCCUGGAACUCAUGUCCAAUAAGGCCAUGAAGCCCCGCCACUGGCAGCGCAUCGCGGAGGUCAUCAACAAGCCCCUCGACGUGGACAGCGAGAACUUUUGCCUCAGGAACAUCAUGGACUCGCCACUCCUGCAGUUCAAGGAAGAUAUAGAGGACAUCUGCAUCUCGGCCGUGAAGGAGAAGGACAUCGAGGCCAAGCUGCGGAUCGUGACGAACGAGUGGGCGAGCCACGACCUGACCUUCUCCACCUUCAAGAACCGCGGCGAACUGCUGCUCCGAGGCGACACGACCGCCGAGGUCAUAACGCAGCUCGAGGACUCGCUCAUGGUGCUGGGGUCGCUCUUGUCCAACAGGUACAACGCUCCGUUCCGAAAGCAGAUCCAGAAGUGGGUGAGCGAUCUGUCCAACACCAAUGAAAUUCUGGAACGGUGGUUGUUCGUUCAGAAUCUGUGGGUUUAUCUCGAAGCUGUGUUCGUCGGCGGAGACAUCGCAAAGCAGCUUCCCAAGGAAGCCAAAAGAUUCUACGUCAUUGACAAGAGCUGGCAAAAGAUCAUGGUUCGCGCUCACGACAACCCCAACGUGGUGGCUUGCUGUGUCGGGGAUGACAUGCUGAAGCAGCUGCUGCCGUACCUGCAGGACCAGCUGGAGCUCUGUCAAAAGAGCCUGUCAGGGUACCUGUAGAAAAGAAAGCGCCUCAGUCCCCGCUUUUUCUUCGUGUCUGACCCGGCCCUGCUCGAGAUUCUGGGCCAGGCUUCGGACUCGCACACCAUCCAGGCGCACCUCAUGUCCAUCUUCGACAACACCAAGACUGUCCGCUUCCAUGAGCAGGACUACGACCGGAUCACUGCCAUUUCUUCGUGUGAGGGGGAGAUGGUUCAGCUUGAGAAGCCGGUGCGGGCGGAGGGCAGCGUUGAGGUGUGGCUCAUGAAGCUGUUGGUCAUGUGUCAGCAGUCAGUUCACGGCAUCAUCCGCCAGGCGCAUCACGUCAUCCAGGACCCUGACCUAAACGUCCUGCGCUUCUUGGAGCAGUUCCCCGCACAGGUGGGCAUCCUGGGGCUGCAGAUGAUCUGGACGAGAGACUCGGAGGCCGCGCUGACGCAGUCCCGCGCUGACCGCCGGGUCAUGGCCGAGAUGAACAAUCGUUUCCUGGAUCUUCUCAAUCUGCUCAUUAACCAAACGACGCGCGACUUGGAACCGGUGCAGAGGACCAAAUACGAAACGCUGAUCACGAUCCAUAUUCACCAGAGGGAUAUUUUCGAUAGUCUGUGUCGGAGGAAUGUGCGGUCGGUGUCGGACUUCGACUGGCUGCGUCAGUGCCGGAUCUACUUCCGCGAGGACAUGGACAAGACCAACAUCGUCCUCACCGACGUCACCUUCCACUACCAGAACGAGUUCGUGGGCUGCACCGAGCGCCUCGUCAUCACGCCCCUGACGGACAGGUGUUACAUAACGCUGGCGCAGGCGCUGAGCAUGAGCAUGGGAGCGUGCCCCACCGGGCCAGCGGGCACUGGCAAAACUGAGACUACUAAGGACAUGGGGAAGACGCUUGGAAAGUACGUCGUCGUCUUCAACUGCUCGGACCAAAUGGAUUACCGCGGUUUAGGCAGAAUCUAUAAAGGGCUAGCCCAGUCCGGGUCGUGGGGCUGCUUCGAUGAGUUCAACCGCAUUGAGCUCCCAGUGCUGUCGGUGGCGGCGCAGCAGAUCGCGGUGGUUCACACGUGCAAGAAGGAGCGCCGCAAGACCUUCACCUUCACCGACGGUGACGUCAUUACCAUGAAUCCCGAGUUCGGAAUCUUCCUGACCAUGAAUCUGGGCUACCACGGCCGCCAAGAACUGCCCGAGAAUCUGAAGAUCCAGUUCCGAAACGUGGCGAUGAUGGUGCCAGAUCGCCAAAUUAUCAUCAGGGUCAAGCUGGCGUCUUGCGGUUUCCUGGAGAACAUCACUCUGGCGCGCAAGUUCUUCACGCUGUACAAGCUCUGCGAGGAGCAGCUUACUAAACAGGUUCACUACGACUUCGGCCUGCGCAACAUUCUGUCUGUGCUGCGAACCCUGGGCGCCGCGAAGAGGGCCAAUGCCAAGGACUCGGAGUCGACCAUCGUUAUGCGGGUCCUCAGGGACAUGAAUCUCUCGAAGCUCGUUGACGAGGACGAACCGCUCUUCAUGUCCCUCAUCGACGAUCUGUUCCCCAAUAUGGCCCAAGAAAAAGGCUACAACAACCAUCUCACCAACAAUAUCGCUGAGAUCGUGGUCGAACUCGGCCUCAUCCAGCAUGCACCCUGGCAGCUGAAGCUCAUUCAGCUGUACGAGACCCAGCGGGUCAGGCACGGCAUGAUGACGCUCGGGCCCAGCGGAGCCGGAAAGACGACGUGCAUCCAGGUCCUCAUGAAGGCCCUCACGAAGAUGGGGCAGCCACACAGGGAGAUGCGCAUGAACCCGAAGGCCAUCACGUCCGCGCAGAUGUUCGGGCGGCUGGACGUGGCCACCAACGACUGGACGGACGGCAUCUUCUCAACGCUCUGGAGGAAGACGCUCAAGGCGAAGAAAGGCGAGCAUAUCUGGCUGGUGUUGGACGGCCCCGUCGACGCCAUCUGGAUUGAGAACCUCAACUCUGUGCUGGACGACAACCGGACGCUGACGCUGGCCAACGGAGACCGAAUCCCGAUGUCUCCCUGCUGCAAAGUCAUCUUCGAACCGGCCAACAUUGACAACGCUUCUCCUGCGACGGUGUCCAGGAACGGGAUGGUGUAUAUGAGUUCGUCUGGACUAGACUGGCAGCCCCUCCUGCAGGCGUGGUUAAGGACGCGACCCCACUACGAGCAACCAAUUAUCAGUGACCUCUUCGCUAAGAACUUCUUGUCGCUGUUCACGUGGUGCAAGCAAAACCUGCGGCUCUGCAUCCCCAUCCUCCAGGUCAAUGUCAUCACACAGGUGUGUGCUGCUAACAUUUUGUUUGAAGGAAAUCCAGAAUCAGUUCCCGCUAUUGUUUCUCGAAAGCGAAAACUUAAACGGAAGGUCCCGCUUAAGCGCCCAAAGGAGCAGCCGCCAGACCCGUCGGCCCCAGUUUCCUAA